AUGAAUAACGACAACGAUCAACAACGAAAACACCGAAGUAUCAAAUCCUCACAAGACGUUGACAUUUAUCGUCCACGUCAAAUUGUUUCUUCAACGUAUCCGGAAGAAACUCAAUAUCAUCAGCUUAUUCACCGUACAUUAAAUGAAAUAAAAACCCUAACUCCAGCUAAACAAGCAGCUGUUGGUGGAGUAUCAGGAAUAGCAACUGGAUUUCUGUUUGCGAAAGCAUCAAAAGCAGCUGCUUUUGCGAUCGCGGUUCAAAGACGUGUGCAUGAUUCACGAACAAUAACGCAAACAACUACAACAACGAAUCAAGAUGAAGAUAUUGAAGAAAUUAAUAACAUACAAGGAGGAACAUCAAGUGUUCUGCAACAGUUGAGAGCAUUCGCAUAUGAAAAUGUAUCGUUAGCAUCAAGUUUUAUAGGUGGCUUUCUUCUUGUAGAUUUGGUGAUGACAAAAAAGUUGAGUCAUUUUGAUGAAUGGAAAUCAGUUGUAUUAUUGAGUGGAAAAGAUUUAUCUCGAAAACAUUCCAUUGAUGAAUAUAUCGUUGAUUUAAUGAAUAUGAUUAAUCAACAUUCAGAUUAUUAUACGAGUUCAUCGUGUUCAGGUCGAACAAUCGUCUUUGCCACAACACCGACAGCGUCAAAAAGCGAUUGUCAAUGGUUGUAUGUAACACAUGGUGAAGCAAAUGUGGAUGAAAUAUGGACGUGUAUAGAAGCAUCAGCUUCUAAGUCACAUUUAAUAACGUUCAAAUAUGAACCAUUUAUUGUACAUAUUAUAUGUCGAAAUAUUGAGUGUGCUAAACAAUUAUUAAAUCUUGUACUGGAGUGUGGCUAUCGAAAUUCGGGUUUAGUUCUAUCUAAACAAGGUAAAAUAACGUUGGGAGUAAGGAGUACGCAUGGACUUGAAGUGCCAAUUGUUAUCAACGGAGAAUUAUGUGUAGAUAAAUCAUACAUUGUUAAAUUGGUGACGAUUGCCAAUGAAAAAAUGUGUACAAAUUUUCAACGAAUCGAUCGAUUUAAAGAAUCCAUAGAAAAAAAAAUUUGUCACAAUGAUCUAGUCUCCUAA